UCAGGUGUCUAAUUGGGUCUCGUUUCCAGUAAAUGGCGACAAUGUGUGGGGUUAUAAUCAAUGGAAACUCAUGGCGUAUCGUAAACCAAACCCGGAUGCCACACCCUGCAAACACUCCGAGCUCGUGUCUGUGGACCAGAUCCCUCAGUCCCGUCUGGUUCAGGCGUAUUUCAUAAAAGAUCCUCAGACUUACGGCCUGAACAUCAGCUUCGGCAUCGCUGGAGACCCAGUUUUUUACAAUGCCACCAAAUACAUCAGCUGGACUGUUUUAAUGGGCUUGGGCGAACCUCUGGGCAAUUCAUUCUACAAUUUACACAUUGCCUUCAUACCCAUUGGAACUGUUAUACUGGUUUUCAUUUUCGCGGUUGAGUGUGCUUGUAAGAGGACAUCGGGCUACGUGCGAAUCACGAACUGAAACAUUAUGGUACAAGCCUCGCCCUCAUGCACACACACACCAAUCAGUGAUGAGGUUACUGACCACUGAGAGGACCAUUACAAACACAUAACUUUUGAUUGGAUGACUGAGUUAAAAUUUAGAAAUAACACAAAAAAUUAUCUGGAUGGGUCGGUCUUUUUAAUUUAAAUGGGUUACAUAUUGAAUUUUUCUACACCUUCAUACUUAAAUCUCAUAGGUCAUACGAUAACAGAUCAAACCUGCAAGUGCAAACAAAUCAUUUGUUUGUUUUUUAAUAAAUUUUUCAUACAUUAUGUUUGUUUGUCCCAAAAUUCUGCUUGUAAAAUCGAUUAAAUUGGGCAGAAUUAUGACAAUUGCACACAUUUUCUCUUUAAUCCUGAAAUAUAUGCAAAUGUUUUAAUAAUUAUUAAAAACUGCACUGCUGUAGGUUCUCCGUAGGGAUGCCCAAAGCCUAAUUAUGAAUUCGGAAAGACAUGGAUAAUGAAUAACACAUUCUACGGAGCCCCUAAAGGGACAUGGUUAGUCUUGCUGUGGUACAGUAGUCAGUCACAUUACAGUACAUCAGAUUUCACUUAUCGCUUGAAGAUAGUAAGGAGAGAAGAUUUGGUGCGUAACAGGUCCUGAGUGCCACUGACAAAUAUCUUGUAAAAUCAGUACCACCUAAAAUCAUACCCUAGGUUAUAUAUUGUAUUUACAACUCAUCAAUUAAAUAUUUACUAUUUUAUAUUAUGCAUAACUGUAA